CUGGAAUGUGUUGUUCAACACAGGCUAUAUCAGUUUGCGCCAAAAGUCGAAUAUGUGUGUGCGUGUGCGUGUUUAAUUCGGAAUCUGUUUUGGUUUAUUAUUAUUAACAGAAUAAAAACAAAUUGACCCAGAAACAUGAGCGAGUCAGUUGCAGAAACUGCCACUGCAGCAGAAAACGAUGAGCUCGCUGACGAUUCGAUGGAAAAACUGCAAAUGGAGGAGGAAGACGAGAAGAACGUGUCCGCCGAAGAUUUAUUGGGUGGCAAGAGUUUGAUGAUGUCGGAUGACAGCGAAAAUGAAGAGGUUUCCGAGCCCCAACCCCGGAAAAUCUCCCCCAAGGCCAGGCGCCAAAGGAUGCUGGAUAGUGACGAAGAUGAGGAUCCUAAAUCGGUUGAAAAGGAGGAGGCGGAGGUCGCAGGAGAACCCGACAAAGAAAAUCCAGAAAGUCAAAUGGACAGCGACGAGGAUUCAAGCAAACUGGAUAAGGAAAAGGAAAAUGUUUCUUCAAAACCCACGAAAAUAUCAUCAAUAAUAGAUUCGGAUAGCGAGGAGGAGCCAGAGAAGGAGCAGCAGAAACCACCCAAGAAAGAUAAGAAAACAAAACCCGCCAAGAAAAUGAAACAGCGAUUGGAUAGCGAUGAAGAUUCCAAUAAAGAAGAGGAGUCAGAACCAAAACCAUCCAAGAAAGAAAAGAAAAAGAAGUCGGAAAAGAAAAGAAAGCAGCGCAUGGACAGCGAAAGCGAGGCAGAAACCACAAAGCCCCUAAACGAGGAGGAGUUCAGUCCAGCUAAGAAUAAACUGAAAGGUCUCGUGGACUCCGAAUCCGAUCCAGAACUCAGCAAUGCGGAAGAAGAACCUGAAAGGGAACCAGAAACUCCCAAUGAGGAAAUGCCCAAAAAACCGAAAAAAGCCAAAGAAAUGAAGGCAUCUGCAAAGAAGGCACUAGACGGGAUGCAGGCCAUCCAAAGUGAGCAACAGCGUCUUCACCGUGAGGCUCAUAUUAAUGUGCCCUACCAUCAGCCCAAGCCCAGAACACUGAAGGAGUUCCUUAGCCGUCGGACUAUUAAUGCUCCUCUGGCCACGGCAUUGGCUGGCGGGAGUCCCAUGCCCAACAGGCAACCCAGAAAGUCCUUGGGUCUGCGCAUGACCAGCGAGGAACUAGAGGCCUAUGCGAAAUUAAUGGACGCAAGAGCCAAAGAAGCCACGGAGUUUUUCAAAUCCGAGUCCGAGCCAGAGGAGGAGGAAGAAGAAGAAGCUGAAAACCAGGAGCCUGUAGAAAUGAAAGACAAUCCAGGGGUUUUCGACAAAGUGAUACCUGAAGUAGAAGAACCAAAGGACCAGGCUGAUGACCAACCUUGCGAGAAUGUUAUGGAAGCAGUUCCCAUGGAAGACGAACCUAUUGCAUCCACAUCCUCGGCAGCAGCUCUGAAACUUGCAGAAGUCACCGAAACCCUACAGAAGAGUCCAAUGAAGUCUCCCAACAAAGUCAGUCUGGUAACAGAGGUUGUGGAGCUGCCCAAGCUGGACUUGAGCACCAUCAGCAUAACACCGCCCUCCAAGCCGGCCACUCCUAAGAUCAGCGAAGUAAUUCGUAAGCUGAAGAUUGAAAAAAGUUCGGACGUAAGUCCCUCGCUCAAGGGUGAUACCAAUAUGGUAAUCGAUCUAGAAACGGGGGAUAUGUUCGCUAAAAAGCCAACAGGGGUGGAUGAUUUGCUGCAGCGACUCAUGAAGACUCGAGAAGCCAAAAAACACAAGACCACAGAGACUGUGAAUAUUCUUACCACCCAACAUGGUAAACUAGAGAUGUCCAAGGUUAAUUACCACCACCACGAUGAGGAGCCGGUGAACAAGGAGCCCAAGCCGGGGGCCGCUUACAUAAAAAUGCAGGAGCAGCUCAAGUCACUGAUUACCAAGAAGCGGAUGGAAGAUCUGAAGAAAAAGCAAGCUGAGGAAAAGGAGCGAAUGGCGGAAGACGAAGAGGAAAUGGAUGUGGACGAAGAAUACGAGCCGGAGGACAAACCUGGCCAUACAGAGGUGACCAUAAACGAUGACGAGGAAAUCGUAGAUGGAGAGGCAAUAGAUGACGAGGAAGCGACGGAAGAGGCUGAUGGAGAAGAAAACAAAAGCGAAGCUGAAGAUGAUCCAGAUCCAGAGGUGGAGUCUGAAAAAGGGGAACAGAGCAGCGAAAGUGACCAGGAAAGCGAACCAGAGCCGGAAACUCAAACCGGCAGAAAAAAGAACAGAAUCAUCAAAGCCUUCGUGGAUGAUAAUUCGGAUGAGGACGACUUGGACCUUCUGCAGACUCCAAAGCCAAGUGGGGCACCCCCCCUUACUGCUACUCAGCUCCAGCUAUCCGCCCAGAAACUAUUCGAUGAGGAGGCGCGAAAAACGGCUAGUGAUGAGGAGAACGAACUGCUCGAUCUUUGCUCGGGUCAGUUCCCUCAGUCCCAGAUGGUUUCUUCCGCCGCACCAUCGUCCGUGGACACAGCCCUAAUCAGCCAGAUUCCCUUGACGCCAUUAGAAGGAUCCACCCAGGCUCCAGACGAACUGGAGGGUCUCUGUUCGGGCACCUUUGCCACCCAACUGCCGGAUCCUACACAAAACGAGGAAAAAGUGGACUCCCAACAACUUGAGCCCGUGGCCAAUAAGAUUGUGUCCAGUGAUGAGGACGAGCCCAAGGAAGAGUUACCAUCGACGGAGAAACCUCGCAGCAAGAAACUCACCAAGAAAAGGCAGAAGAAAGCCAAACUUGGGUUCUCUGAUGAUGAGGAAAGCGAGGACGAACUUGAGGGCGAGGAUUUGGGGGAAGAAAGUGAUGAGGAACCAGUCGAAGACAUCCCUGAAACAUUUGUGGACUACGACUCCGAGGAGAAUGAGAUUGUGGUGGAAAUGACCAAGAAAGAUCGUAAACUCCGGGCGUCCAAUUUUGUAGAAAAAGAAGCGGAACUUUCGGAGUCCGAAUGGGGAUCUGCCGAUGAGGAUGAAAAGAAUAUGGACACCUAUGACAUAGAGUUGGGAGAUGAAGAUCAGUUCGAUCGAGAGCAACUGCGCAACGAACUAGGACAGAUUCAUGCCCGCAAAAUGCUUGACCAAGACAUUCGGGAAGUGCGUAAAAUCAAAGAAAUGCUGAUCGAGGACGAGGAGGGAGCUGUACGUCAGCGGCAGUUCCGAUGGAGGAAUGCUGAAAACGGAUUCAGUCUGGAUGAUCAGCGGCCUGAGGAUGGAGAGGCCAACGAGGGCAGUGGCGACGAGGAGAACGAGCACUUGUGGCGCAAGAUUCGUUACGAGCGUGAGCAGUUGCUCCUAGAAAAGGGCGUAAAACCGGAAGCUGCUUCUCCGCUCUCCACCUCUGCGAUUAACACAAAUAGUCCUGUCAACACCAUACGCCGACUCAACAUAAUUACGAGCAAAAAGACCUCAGUAGAAGUGAAGAAGAGCUCCCCUUUCCUGAUCUCAAAAACAGUCCCGGGAAAACAACAAAAAAGCGCUGUUAGAGGAUCUUUUCUGGUCCGGGACCAAGCAACGCUCUCGAAAUUGGCAGGACUUACUAAAGGAUCUUCUGGAGAGGUGAAUGGUGAUACUGCCACUGUUUCUGUAAAGACUGCGAAAGCCAAGAACUUUGUAUUCGCCACAUUAACUGAGGAGGAGCAUGAGAACCAAAAGCGAAAGGCGGCCGAUUUACUCAACAGCAGUAACGAAACGGGAAUGAAUUUUAUGAAAAAGCCCAGGCUGGAACCUCGGAGGGAGAAGUGCCUUAUCGACCAGCUUCUUUAAUACUUUAAUAUUAAUUUUAAUUUUCUAGGUUUCAUAUUAUUUUUAAGUAAAUAAGUUUGUUUAAUUCAGGCCCUAUUACAAUUUGAUGAUGCAAUCAUUUUUUAAAGUUUGAACAAUAAAAUAAAAACAAGAGUAGACUUUAAAGUUAAAAAUAUUGGUCUACCAUAAAUUAAAAUUUGGUGAACUUAAAGGCAUGUUUCUGUCUUUUCUGUACCAUCAUGAUUUUGGCUAA